GAAGAUAUUGUUGUGACCAUCAUGUGAAUAUUUUUCUCUUUUUUCCUUCGACCAAUCGUGGCUCAGCAGAGAAGCGACACACCUGUAUAAAAGCAGAUUCCAGGUCAGCUGCCAUUCAGAUGCGCGCGGAACAUGACACGCCGCUGAGCGCGCGGGAGACAGAGAGGCUGAGGAGCGAGGAGCUCUCACAUGGGGCGCAUCCUCGCCCGCCUGAUGCGCCAUCCCCCAAAAUGGAUGAAGUAUUCAACCAAAGCGGAGCUCCGAACCGAAGUUCAUCCGACGAUGACAAGUUCACUUUUGAGGACAUUGACGUGAGCGCGGACGGCUCCCCCAUCCUGAGGAUCUUCAUCUCCGUGGUGUACUCUGUAGUUUGCGCGGUGGGGUUGGUGGGGAACCUGCUGGUGUUUUUCCUCAUGAGGCUGAGACAGGGUCGGAAGAGGUCUACUAUCAAUGUUUUCAUCAUCAACCUGGCUGUGACGGACUUCCAGUUCGUGCUCACGCUGCCCUUCUGGGCCGUGGACACCGCACUGGACUUCAGCUGGCCGUUUGGAGGCGCCAUGUGCAAAAUCGUCCUGUCCGUCACCGUGAUGAACAUGUACGCCAGCGUCUUCUUCCUCACUGCCAUGAGCGUCACGCGCUACAUGUGUGUGGCCUCAGCCCUGAAGAAAAAGGCGCACAGGAGGUCACGGUGCGUGAAGUGGGUGUGCGCAAUCCUGUGGGUGGCGGCGACCGCGGCCACUGCGCCCACGGCGAUCUUCUCCACCGUGACAGAAGUCGCCGGAGAAAAACUCUGCCUCCUGAAGUUCCCUGAAGGGCACGACUGGCUCGCACUUUACCACCUGCAAAAAAUCCUGAUAGCCUUUAUAAUCCCCAUGCUCAUCGUCUCCGUGAACUAUCUGAUGCUCCUGCGCUUCGUCAGACGGAAGAGCAUGGACACCAGCACCAACCCCAAACGGAGAUCCAGAGUCACCAAGUCUGUCGCCAUCGUGGUCCUGUCCUUCUUCUGCUGCUGGAUGCCAAAUCACGCCAUCACCUUCUGGGGCGUCCUGGUCAAAUUUAACGCAGCCAACUGGGACAACUCAUACUACACGGUGCACACGUACGUGUUCCCGCUCACUGUGUGCCUGGCGCACACAAACAGCUGUCUGAACCCGGUGCUGUACUGCCUGAUGAGACCCGAGAUCAGGAAGAUGCUGGGCAGGUUGUUUUGGAGAGACUCCACUCCACUCCAGAGCAAAGGCUGCGCCACGCGCUCCGUUACGCAGGGAGAGAUCCAGGGCGUCGUGCCUCUGCAGAUUAUGGACAACACAGAGUACAGCCUGUCCAUCAUAGACCGCAAAGGGUCCCAAACGACCCCGCGCAACCGCUGAACUCACUAAAGAAAGUUUUAUUUAUCUAUUUAUUUAUUGCUCCGACUGUCCAUUUUGUGCGUAAAAUGCUCCACAACGCAGACCACGCAUUGUAAAAGACAAAAACACAAUAGAUAACAAAUAGUAUAUAUGCAUUUAUGAAGUCACACAAACUUAAAGCUCAGUUCACUCUGGCAGAUUGUAGAUAUGACUUUUUUCUCCGUAACUUUAAAGCAUUUAGGAAUAAUGUUGGAGUGGUGCGCCAAAAAUGAACAAUUUCCUCCUAUCUGCGGACUAGUUUGCAUCUGGUUCUGAUGUUCUCCCACCACUCCUCUAAUCUUGCACAAAUAAAUUGCUUAUUUCUAUCUGAUCCACCAUUCCAGGUAUUCCUUUUUGCAAAUGAUAUUAUAUGAUAGCCUGCUUUUGUUGCACUGAUUUGCAGUUUAGAUUUCUAAGAGUAUUGAUGUUUCCCUUUAUGGUGCAAAUCUGCACAUCUUUAUUUGACACGGAGGAUUUUCUUCCUCUUAUUAAAAGUGAAAAGCAGUUUGUCAUCCUGAGAGAGCAAAGCGUGCAGAUGUGUUGCAGACGGAACAACCUUAAGCUCAUUUUCAUUGUUGCAGCCCAACAUCUGCGCUCUGCAAGUCAGGGGAGAGUUAAUGGUGUAAUGGCUGUCAUGGUUUCUCCUUGGAUAAUCCAGGAAGCCCCAUGCACAGCAGACGGCUCCGAGCUCAGCUCUCCCCUGGCUGCGGCUGCGUUGGACUCCUGUCAGACUCAUCCCUGUUCCGCCUCACAUCCUCCUUCUGUUUUUCUGCGUUCACUCUUUGAAGAGCUUUACAACUGCACACCUUUCUCUAAAGCAAACAACAAAGUCACCAGUUCCUAAUCUCUUUCAAACACUCUGUCAAGUCCAACCGAAGGGGAUGGAGGUUGUUUUUACGCGUGAAGAACCAAACUGUAAUCUCAGCAUCAGUCCUUCCAGUCUGUCACUGCUUUGAUGCACAGAUGUGUGACGUUUAUGGAUUUGACCCAUAAUCCACGGUUGUUUUCCAUGUUAAAUCGUGCCCAUUUAAAUAAACGCAACACUACAAUGUUGUUGCAUCAUCAAGGACGUUGUAAUUGUCAUGUUUAAUCCUUUGCCAUGAUGCUGGUGGCAGAUUUCUAAGCACCAACUAUAAAUCAGGAUUAUCUUCACUUUACCCACACGGUGCGAUGAGACAAUUUGUGCUCUUCAUGGCACAUGUAAAAUAUGUCAGAAUAUUUUCAAGAGCUGUUUUACUGUAGAAUGCAAAUUAUUUCAUUUAUUAGUCGCACAAAAUGAAUGCUUUUUACACAGCAGGAGACACAUUUUCUUGAAUGACUAAUUUAAAAACCAUCUUCAGAAAUAUUGUUCUUUUUUAAACGCUGAUCUUUUCUUAGAUUUUUUAUUUUCUUGACUGAAUAAUGAAAUGUUUUUGACAUGCUUUAAUGAAAAUGUAUAUGUACCGUUCCUCCUCAAUCUUGACUGCAGCAUCUUUGAAGCUUGUUUUAGGGAGAAAGUGUUUUAUCCAACAACUCCUGUUUUGUGUGCACUGCUAAAACAUACGGAGCCCUGGACACGGCAUGAAAAGGAAGCAAAUUAGUUCCCUAAAUUACUCAUUUGUAGGCAUAAAGUAGUGCUUUGUGAGCACAAAUUACCAUUUUAUGGGCAUAAAUUAAUGUUUAUUAGCAUCUCGUGGUUACAAAUUAGUAUUUUAUGGGCACAAAUUAGCAUUUUGACCAAUCAUAUUAUUUAUUGCUUAGUGCCCAGAAAAAGCAUUUUUUGCACCCAAAAUCUAAUUGUGUUCACAUACUAGCAUUUUGUGGCUACAGUUUUGUAUUAUGUGGAGAAAAUGUGGCAUUUUACAGCACUUUGUGUGCACAAAUUUGCAUUUCAUGUGCACUGUAGCAUUUUGUGGACACUUAUUAGCCUUUUUUUUCACACAAAUUACUAUUUCAUGGGCACUCAUUUGUAAUUUGUUGGUAGAAAUGAUCAUUUCAUGGGCAAAAUUUUGCAUUUUGUGCGCACAUGUAGGUAUUGUGAGUACAAAAAACUUGCAUUUUGUGGGUACAGACUAGCAUUUUAUGUUCACUGGUAUAGUUGGCGCUAAAUCCUUAAAAAGAUUGUGUGCAAAAAUUAGCAUUUUGUGGGCACAAGUUAACAUUUCACGUGCACUAAUCUAUAUAUUUUUUGGCACGACUUAGCAUUUUGUGUGCACAUAAGUAUCUUGUGUUCACAAAUUAGCUUUUCAUGUUCAGUAAUUAGUAUUUUGCUGACACAAAUUAGUGUUUCAUGUGCACUAGCAUUUAGUUGGUGCAAAUUAAUCUUAUGUGUGCAACAAUUAGCAUUUUGUAGGCACAAAUUAAUGUUUCAUGCAUACUUAUUAGUUUUUUGUUUGUGCAAAUUAGCAUUUUGUAUGCACUAGCAUUUUGUUGGCGUGAAUCAGUAUUUUGUAUGCACAUAUUAGCAUUUCAUGUACAUGAAUUAGUGUUGUGUUGGCAUACAUUAGUAUUUUAUUGGCACAAAUUAGCAAAUUGCAAAUUGUUUGUACUAGCAUCUUGUUGGCAAAAAUUAGCAUUUAGUUUACACAAAUUACUAGUUGGAAAUGAAGUAAUGAAAAUAAUAAUUUCAGUACAAAGAUACAAAUAUGUGCUGUCAAAAUACCUAUUUAUAGCGAAAAAUUAUUAAUUUAAGGGAACUAUUUAUCUUAUUUUGAUGUUAUGUCCAUGGAUCCGUAAAAACAGCUGUUCUAAAACCCGUGUAAAAGUUUUUAAAUGAAAAGUUUGCUAAAGGACAUUUUGUUUUUCACUUGAAAAAGUUCUAUUCUGUCCAGAAUGGGUCUCCUGAGCAGAAGGAAGAUCAACUUCUGAAGUCUAUUUUGUGGAUUCAAACAAUCAGGGAAAUGCAUAAAACUUCAAUAAGAAAGGCAAAGAAAAUAAGUUAUGAGAAGGUGACCCAUACCUUUAAUAUCCCCUGAUAAAAUGCAUCAAGACCAUCCCAACGGAUAAUAAACCAUAUAAAUAAACCUUAUAAGCCUUCAUGUGUGUGACAUUGGCCAACCUUCCCUUUAUUAAUAAAGGAAGGGUUGGCCAAUGUCACACACAUGAAGAGGAAAGGGAGGGAGAUCUACCAUAUCAUUUAUAUCAUAAAUACUUUUAAGUGAAAUGAACAAUUUUACUACAACAAAACUAUGUUAAAGAAAAUACCUUAGACAACGCUGUUUUUUCAAAUCAUAUUAAGGCACAUGCGGUGCUCCACCCGCUCCAGGAAUGGUCUGCUCCACUUAGCAGCCUGAACGGAUCAUUUGAGCCUCAUCGAGGCUCCACAGGAAACUGAGGAGAACAAAUAUUUCAAAAUAAAUGCAGGACAAAAGACUCAAAUGUUUUAAGAAAUUCACCUAUCCUAAAAUAGAGAUUGUUUUAUUUAUUUAUUUAUUUAUUUAUUUAUUUAUUUAUUUAAACUUGUCCUGUCCAACAGCUGAGCAAACAGGAACAAUUGAGAGCUUCUUGUGUUAGACAGAUAGAUUUUUUUGUGAUUUAUUGAAAAAAAAAAUAGAUUUUGUUGAUUUAUCAGAUCUUUUUUAAGCCCUUUUUGACAUUUAAACUUUAAUGUUGAGUAUUUUUAAGCUUUUUAAGUGUGUUUGUAUGCAAACAGAAACAUUUGUGAAGCCUUUUAUUUGCCCCAAACUUAAGGAAACACAUCUUAUCAAAACAUUUUUAACUACACAAGGAUUUUUUUUGGUCAUUAUGAAAAUAAGUGAUUUUUUUUUUUAUUUUGGAAUUUGAAUUUUCUUUUCCUAAAAGUCCCUCUCUAGUGAUGUGCUGCUAAUCUGCAGCAUUAAAUACAAAAUGCAUCUGAAAAAGCGAUUCCACUGAUCAUAUCUAAGAAAUGUCAGCCGUAAAACUGCCGAGGUUUUUUUUUCUUUUUUCUUCCUCAAAUGGUUUCAUCUUUUACCUCUUGUAGGGUUCUGAUCCAUCCCAUCAUGGCUGCAGCUUCUCCUGGGGUGUCCUGUGAUAUCUGGCACUGUAAUAAAUAGAAGUAGAUCUUUUUUAAGUGGAGCCAGUAGCAUCUUGGGAAAUAGUUUGAAUCCAUAAAAGCUCACUCAAAGCCGGGGAGUGUCUCUCAUUUUGCUCCUGAUUUCACCAGGAAACUGCUACAUUUUCAGACUGGCUGCUAAAAAACAACCAUAGAUCCCAGUAAUCACUGAGAAGGUGAUAAUCCAAACAGUUUUCACUUUCCCUGUUAUGAGUGUCACAUUGUAAUGCUUUCCAAGAACGUGCUAGUUAACUUAAUUAUAGAGUAUGUGUCUGCAAGAAUUCAGAGGCCUCAAACCAGACUUACUCUUUUUUUUCAGUUUAUUUUAGCUCUUAGAUUUUUGAUUGAACAAAAAAAAGAAAAAAGCAGAAGAAAGUUUCAUAUUAAAUCCUUCUUUUUCUGAGAGGCACUGUGCCCCAGUUUUUAUUUUUAUGGACACUGAGUUAUAUUAAGAUUUUUUUUAUUUAUAUACAGGCCUCACUUUCUUGGAGUCCACAUUUACUGUAUUCAGUUUGUGUUUUUUAAGUUACAAUAUAAAGCCAUGUCUUUGCUUGUUUUAGCUUCAAUUUGUGGGUAUUUUCUUUUUCUUGAAGUCCAUAAAUGUUUUAGAUGAGUGAUAGAAAAGGCAAACCUGCAUUCUGUUUUCAGAUAGGCUUCAGUGUUUAAUCGCAAAAAUUUGAAAAUGCAAAAAAAAGAAGAAGAAAAAAA